UCCGCGCCCGCCCCGGCCCACCGAGCCCCGCACGCCCCAGCCCAGCCGCCAGCGACGCCCGCACAGCCCCGGGAGCCCGGGCGGGGGGCCAUGCCGUGCCGGAGGGAGGAGGAAGAGGAAGCCGGCGAGGAAGCGGAGGGGGAGGAGGAGGACGACGACGACGACAGCUUCCUCCUGCUGCAGCAGUCGGUGACGCUGGGCGGCUCGGGCGAGGUGGACCGGCUGGUGGCCCAGAUCGGCGAGACGCUGCAGCUGGACGCGGCGCAGGACAGCCCGGCCUCCCCCCGCGCGCCCCCGGGGCCUCCCCUGCAGCCCCCGGCGGCGGCCAAGGCCGGGCCUCCCGCGCUGCCGCUGCUCCUGCCGCCCGCGCCGGCCGAGGGGGGGUGCCCGGCUCCCCCCGGGGCCCUUCGCUGCACCCUCGGGGACCGCGGCCGCGUGCGGGACCGGGCUGCGCCCUACUUUGUGGCCGAGCUCGCCGCGGGCCCCAGCGCGCUGCCUGCCUCGCCCCUGCAGGCAGGCUUGGAGCGACCUUCGGGAGCCGACAAGCGGGGCGCCCCUCAGCCGCUGUCUGGGCCGUGCAGACGAGGAUGGCUGCGGGGCGCCGCGGCCUCCCGCCGCCUCCACCCGCGACGCGGGCCCCAGUCUGAAGCGCGUACAGCCGAAGAUGACCCGCACCGGCUCCUGCAGCAGCUCGUGCUCUCGGGGAACCUCAUCAAGGAGGCCGUGCGGAGGCUCCAUUCGCGACGGCUGCGGUUACAGGCAAAGCUCCCCCAGCGUGCGCUGCAGGAGCCCCCCUCGCCCCGCAGCCACCCCGGCGCGCCCGCCAGAAGAGUGCAGCUCUGAACUGGCGACGGCGUUCUGGGUCCCCGCAGCUAACACGCGGGGAGAGCGUGUGAGGGCUGCAAGCCCGCUCAGACUAGUGGGCUUGGCUUUGGGGAGCUGAAAGCAGAAGCUAGUGAGGACGAGGACCCGCAGGUCGCCGGUGGUUUCCGCGAGGAACUGAGGUCAACGGCGCCCAAAGUCUGAGGACGCAGCCCUACAGGAGGCCAACUCGGCGCGCAGCCUCCCGGCGACCAUGUGGCCUAGCCCAGCGCCCCCGGCCCGCCCUUACCCCCAGGACGAGGAGAACCGCUGCUCCGCGCUGGCCCUUGUCAGGGCUGGAUCCUGAUCCAUUGGGGAGGCGGGAAGCGGGACGACAUAAGUAGAUCCCCUGUUUGCGAACACUGCAAACUACCAGAUUUGAAAUUUUACGAUCCUUUAAGAAAAAUCUUGUGUCUUUUGGGGGUGUUGGUCCCUGGUGUAACAGCACGUGCGCCAUGGAGGAACUUUGUGAGGGAGUUGAACAGGUGUAAUCUCGGCUGCCGCUUGCAACUGGCUGCGGUAUUUUUUUUAUUUUUAUUUUUUUUUUUAGCGGUGAGUGGAGAAGGGCCCUGUGGUCGCGAUGGCGAUGGGAGGCGGGGGCCCUGUGUUUUCUCUCUAAAGUGUGUCUCCGUAGCGGGACCUCCCCUCCUCGGUUUCAAGGUCACUGUUUCCUGGGUGCUCAUGAAGCUCAGGCAGGGCAAAAGGAGUAACAGGAUUCUGCCACUGCUGAAGGAGAGUGCGGGUUUCCGUAAAUGCUGGAGUCUUUUUUUUUUUUUUACCAUAACACUGUUAAGUUCUGGCUUGUGGUGGUGCGGGAGAUUGAACCUGAGACGUUGGAGUCUCAGGCAUGAGAGUCUGUUAGUCAGUUUGUAUAACCAUUAUGCUACCUACCCUCCGCCCUGCUGGAGUCUUCUGAGGACAGCAAACACCACAGUCCUGCAGGGUGUGGGGAGCCUGGGACUUGCUGCAUGAGGAUACUUCCCGAGGGCAGCCUGUCUGUCUCUCAUGGGUCCCUCCUCUACCAACCACUCCCCCGCCACUCUUCAGCCCUGCGGGUCCUCCUGGAGCUGGUUGGCGCUGGUGCGCCAGCCCCCGCCCCCCAGCUGGGAGAGCAUCACGUGACAAGCACUCCAGGGACUCGCAGCCACGCACAGUAGCUUAUAAUGGGCUCUCGGGACCAUUUGCAAUAACAGCUGCAAUUCCCUGGAUAGACCAAGUUGAUUUUCUCCCUCUGCCCCUCCCCCAUCUGUUCCCGCUCGCCUUUGUAAGAGGAAGGGAAAGGAAGGAAAGGAAACUGAGUAGGAAACGUGCAUCUCCAAACUGAGAAGCUGCAGGCUUUGCCACUGUGAAGCGCUUGUAACGUACAGUUCACCCACGCUUGAGGGCCCCAAGCUGUCUUGGUUUUUUUCGGUUUUCUAAGAUUCAAUGGCUUGUUCAUCAUCCAGAUGUGGCUGUUGACAUAUCUCUACUUCGCAGCGGAGUGUCUGGAAUCGUGGCUGUCCUGAUUAUAGGAUUUUAACUUAACUGAAAUGUCUGUUUCCAAUAAAUGUUUUGGGGUUUGGUUUUUUA